GGGGUGUGUCACUUUAUGCAUUCCUGCAAACCGCCCUAUCAGAUGGACAAUCGGAGAGGCGGGAGAAACGGCCCUGAGGUUUUUAUUAUGGGCGUGUGCAGUCCUACCUGUUUGCACAGUCCCCCCCAUUUCCGGGUGUGCUUCCUGGGAGUUACCUGUUCUCCACGUCAACCUCACACCAAUGUUCCUUCUCGCGGCUGCCGUUAUACCCCACGGAGCAGCGGCUCUGUUCCAUAUCCAGAGUCCCCCGUUCGACCUCCCAUGCCUGUCAGCGCAGGUUCUGGCCCGCUGAAGAGAAAUGAAUCGAUGAAUUCUCUCCGCAUCUCCAUGGGGGGUCUACCGGUGCUGUCUUCCAUGACUAACGCCACUGACUCCCGCUUCCGUCUCAAGUGGAGGGCCAUCAUGGUCAUGUCUGUGGUGCUGACAUUGGCCCUCUUGCUGUACAUGCACUGGACACAAGCUGGCACCAGCACGAAGCACUCCUUCCGUGGUGGCCGUGGCUGGAGGUUGAGCCGCAGUGGGGAGGCCGACAUGCUGUAUAACGACACGUACCCACUGAGCCCGCCAGAGCGGACGCCGCAGGGUAUGCGAUACCGCAUCGCAGUCAUCGCCGACCUGGACACGGACUCUCGCAGCCAGAAGCCCCUGACCUGGUUCAGCUACAUGCGUCGGGGCCACCUGCUGGUUUCUGACAGCGGCGACCGCUUGGACGUGCAGUGGGAGUCGGAUCAUGUGGUGCUGGAGAGCCAUUUGGCUGAGAAGGGCCGGGGCAUGGAGCUGUCGGAGCUGGUGGUCUUCAACGGGAAGCUGUACAGCGUAGACGACCGCACAGGCGUGGUCUACCGUAUCGAGGGUGACCGGGUGAUACCGUGGGUCAUCCUACCCGAUGGCGACGGCUCCGUCUCAAAGGGGUUCAAGGCGGAGUGGAUGGCCGUGAAGGAUGAGCACCUCUACGUGGGUGGCCUGGGGAAGGAGUGGACCACAACCAAGGGGGAGGUGGUCAAUGACCACCCCGAGUGGGUGAAGGUGGUGGGCUUCCAGGGUGAUGUCGAGCACCAGAACUGGGUCCCACAGUAUAACGCACUGCGGAGCGCGGCCGGGAUCGAGCCUCCAGGCUACCUGAUCCACGAGUCAGCGGCAUGGAGCGACACACUGAAGCGCUGGUUCUUCCUGCCCCGCCGCGUCAGCUCUGAGCGCUAUGAGGAAGCGGCGGACGAGCGUCGCGGCGCCAACCUGGUGCUCAGCAGUUCGCCGAACUUCCGCGACAUCACCUCCAGCCGCGUGGGCCCCCAGCUGCCCACUCACGGCUUCUCCUCCUUCAAGUUUGUGCCCGGCACCGACGACCAGAUCAUCCUGGCGCUCAAGUCGGAGGAGGAUGCUGGCAAAAUAGCCACCUACAUCACGGCCUUCACGCUGGAUGGCCGCAUCCUACUGCCCGAGACCGAGAUUGGCACUGUCAAGUAUGAAGGCCUGGAGUUUGUGUAGAUAGGAACUAGGAACAUUUUCCAGAUGCAAGCGGUUGGGAAGAAUGCAACAGUCCUGGUGACAUCACCUCACUUCUCCUUCCUUGUGUCAUAAGCUAACACCACCAGUAGGGGGCACUGUCAUGCUCAUUUCCAUUUAUUGUUUUAUCAUACACUUUAAAGACUCCACUAGUGAAUGUAAGAAAACAGAAAAGUUAUUUAUCUGGUCUUCAGAAGAAGGAGAGGGAACCGGGCUACAACUUUAUAGGCCCGUAUACAACACCUAUUCAAUGCAGUGACCAGUAGGACACUGAUUUGAAUAUAAAUGUGAAGUACUGUAAAGACUGAGAGCAUAAUAUUUAAUUUUCCAGUGUUUUCACUUGGUUUCUCCAUAGUAUAUGAUGUUGGUCUUUAUUUUCUCUUUUUUUUUUUUUAAAGGCUAUUUUAAGCAAACUUUUUAAUCAUGUGAUUUAAUGAAUGUUAUUUUCCGGAGAUCAUGAAUUAAUCCUAAAGCUUGGGGUGUUAAUGUGUUAGUCACUGAAAUAUGGGUGUAUAUGUUGUAUGUACGGCAGUUUUGAGUGUGUCUGAGUCCCUUUUGAGUAAACUGCAAAUUGAGAAAGAGAAA